GUUUUAAAAUCGACCUGUUUUAAAUGGCCAGCGCAUCAGUUAUUCCAUCCGUGAAAACAACCAAAUAAUCGUAAACGCGACGUGAUCGAUCAGCUGACGGUUGCGAUACCUGUGCUGAGGGAACUUUUGAUUGGUUGUGAAAAUGGUAGGAAGCAAAUUGCUAGUAAGUGCUACCUAACGCUGGACGUUUUAGCCAGUGGAGUAACUGUCACGAAGAAUUUCUCAACCUGUAGUAUUUCAGUUGAAUUAUAAAGACAAAUGUAAUGGAAAUAAAGGAGUACCGGUGACAGGAGAAGCGGCGAACACCUCGAAUUUUGACAAGCAAGCAUCUACUCCAUUUCCACCGGGAUAAGGUCCGCCGAGAGUGUCCAGCUUCGACUUCCCAGAGCCAGAAUGUGAGACGGGCUGGUGGGAUCCGUCACAGCUGUCGCUAGGCAACGGGAAACCUUCCAAAACCACAGACUUCUUUCCAACACCUUCCGUCCUUCCCUUCAACAGCGGAGUCCACAAGAGUCAAAAAACGUAAAACCGACACAGGGAAAAAAAAACGUUUACAUGGUGACAAUCAAAAAGGCCAACAGCAAAAAAUAAACUCCAUGUCAUAACCAUGGAUCCUCGGAGGGCUUUGUUGCAGUAAACAUACUCUGUUUUUCCCACCAUCCAAAUAGAGCUGGGGAGACACUGAUGACAAACAUUGCCCCUUUGGAGCAUUUCUCCACCUGCAGCAACGGCAUGCAGUAGCAAUCUGCAGCUAUGAAGUAAACAGCCAGGAUCACUGAGAAACUACCGUAUCCCUGUCUCCGGCAGCCUAUUUCUCUACCCAACAACCCCCUCCUCACACACGCACAGAGUUCUCCUUCACACUGGACUUUGAGAAUAAGAACACCUUAGGAGAGCUCCUGCUUCUAGUCAUUGGCGGCUGUAGUAAAUUCGGUAGAAAACGCUGACCCUGACUGCGGCCAAUGAAAUGACAGCGAGCGGCAUGCCCCUCCUCCUGGUUCGGCUGCCCCUCCUCCUGGGCGUGGCCGGCGCCCUGGUGAUCCACUCGGUGCCCUGGCGGGUGCCCUGCCCGCUCCAGUGCACCUGCCAGAUCCGGCCCUGGUACUCCCCCCAGUCCGUGUACCGGGAGGCCCCCACGGUGGACUGCAGCGACCUCCUGCUCUCCCAGCUCCCUUCCCAGCUGCCCCGGGAGACGCACACCCUGCGGCUGCAGAGCAACCUGCUGAGCGGCCUGGAGCCCGGCGAGCUGCAGGGCCUGGGCAACCUGACGGAGCUGGACCUGUCCCAGAACAGCAUCGGCGCCGCCCGCCGCCUGCGGGCCGGCCCCCUGCCGUCGCUCCUCAGCCUGCACCUGGAGGAGAACCAGCUCCGGCAGCUGCCCGACGCCGCCUUCCCCGGGCUGCCGGGCCUGCAGGAGCUCUACCUGAACCACAACCGUCUGCGCGACAUCGCGCCCGCCGCCUUCCGCGGCCUGGGCGGCCUGCUGCGGCUGCACCUCAACUCCAACCGCCUGGCCGCCGUCGACCGCCGCUGGUUCCGCCACGUGCCGCGGCUGGAGGUGCUGGUGAUCGGCGGCAACCCCGUGGACGCCAUCCGGGACCUGAACUUCGAGCCGCUGGGCGCCCUGCGCAGCCUGGUGCUGGCCGGCAUGGGCCUGCGGCGGCUGUCCGAGCGGGCGCUGGAGGGCCUGGCCAGCCUGGAGAGCGUGUCCUUCUACGGCAACCGGCUGAGCGCCGUGCCCAAGGAGGCCCUGCGGAAGGUCCCGGGCCUCAAGUUCCUGGACCUGAACAAGAACCCCAUCCAGCUGGUGCAGCGCGGGGACUUCCGGGACAUGCUGCACCUGAAGGAGCUGGGCCUGAACAACAUGGAGGAGCUGGUGUCCAUCGAGCGCUCCGCCGUGGAGAACCUGCCCGAGCUCACCAAGCUGGAGAUCACCAACAACCCGCGGCUGUCCUACAUCCACCCGCGCGCCUUCCUGCGCCUGCCCAGCGUGGAGAGCCUGAUGCUGAACACCAACGCGCUCAGCGCCCUCCACCGCGACACCGUCAGCGCCCUGCCCAGCCUGCAGGAGGUCAGCCUGCACGGCAACCCCAUCCGCUGCGACUGCCUGGCGCGCUGGGCGGGGGCCGGGGCCGGGGCCGGGGCCGGGGCCGAGGGGGGGCCCGGGGCAGGACGUCCCGUCCGCUUCAUCCAGCCGCAGUCCACCGUGUGCUCGGACCCCCCCGAGCUGCGGGCCCGGCGGGUGGGGGACGUGUCGUUUCGGGAGAUGUCGGAGAGCUGCCUGCCGUUGAUCGCCCCCGGGACGCUGCCCCCCCGCGUGCGGGUGCGGCGGGGGGGCUCCGUGGCGCUGCACUGCCGGGCGCUGGCCGAACCUGAGCCCGCGGUGUUCUGGGUGACGCCCGGCGGGCAGCGCCUCUCGCCCGACGCCGCAUACGAGCGCUACCGCGUCCUGCCCGAGGGCACGCUGGAGAUCGCGGGCGCGGGCGCCGAGGAGGCGGGGCUCUACACCUGCGUGGCGCAGAACCUGGUGGGCGCCGACACCCGCAGCGUGAUGGUGAGGGUGGAGGGGCGGCGGGCGCCCCCUGGCAGGGCGGCCCGGCGGGGCGGGGGCGACCUGGAGGUGAAGGAGGUGACGGAGCGCCACGCCCUGCUGGUCUGGCCCACCGGACGCAGCGCCCCCUCGGCUCGCCUCUCCUGGUUGGUCAACGGUAGCCGCGGCGACGACGGCGACGGCCGCCGCCACAGCGUGCGCAUCCUGGCCGGCACGCGCGCCUUCAACCUGACCCGACUCCGCCCCGCCACGCUGUACCGCGUCUGCCUGCACCUGGGGCCCAACGACACCUCCUGCGUCCGCCUCAGGACUACAGACGCCCGGGCCCCUGGGGCCCCCCCCCCCGGUGUGGCCCCCGCCGUGCUCCUGGCCGCCUCCGCCCUGCUGCUCCUCCUGGCCGCCAAGGCCUUCCAGGGCGUGGGCCUGGUCGUCUGGCGGGAGGGGGGCCAGGGGGGUGAUGGGAAACGCCCGCCGCCCUCCUUCGCCGCGCCCCCAGCUGCGAAGGCCCAUGUGUGUGAUCCAGCCCUUCAGAAGCAGCAGCAGCAGCAGCAGCAGCGAGGUCUGGAGUCUCCAGAGGCCUCCGCAGACAGCUGCAGCAUGGAGAAGAGCAGCUCUCUCCAUCUGCAGAAUGUUUAAGAGCGCUUAGGCGGAGUGUGUGUGUGUGCGUGUGUGUGUGUGUGAGUUUGUGUGUGUGUGUGUGAGUGAGAGUGAGAGUGUGUGUGUGUG